CCAUGUUACCUGCUAGCAGGUUGCAAGCUAAUUGACUAGAGGCAGUGCAGCGCAGCUACACGGGGAUGUCCCACCCUUAACGCAAGCUGAGGACUCCGCGGUUUUUCUGACGACUCUUCAUAAGAAGGACUAACUUCCAAACUAAGAAAAGCGACAUGACGACGCGGUCAGAGAGAGAAAAAGCCCAGAAACUGAAUGAGCAGCAUCAGGCCAUUCUGUCUAAACUGCUGAGAGAGGAAGAUAACAAGUACUGUGCUGACUGUGAGGCGAAAGGCCCACGAUGGGCGUCAUGGAACCUCGGGGUCUUCAUGUGUAUCCGCUGUGCUGGCAUCCACCGCAAUUUGGGCGUCCACAUCUCCAGAGUCAAGUCAGUCAAUCUGGACCAGUGGACACCUGAGCAGAUCCAGAGUAUGGUGGACAUGGGCAACACCAGAGCCAGACAGCUGUACGAAGCCCACCUACCAGACAGCUUCAGACGACCUCAGACAGACCAAGCAGUGGAGGUCUUCAUCCGGGAUAAGUAUGAGAGGAAGAAAUACUAUGACAAGGAGGCCCUGGCCGCACUUUCACAGAAGUCAUCUGAAGCUCCUCCACCUUCCACCUCGCCGUCCUCCCAGGCUGACAGGAACAGACCUGAGAGGGAGGGUGAGAAGAAAAAAGAGGAGAAGAAGAAAGAGAAGGAUGCUGACAAAGUGGAGAGGCGCAACAACAUAAAGCAGUCAGAGUGCAGAGCCAGCCCCAAGAAAAGCUCAGAGCCGGCUGUUGACCUGCUGGGAUUAGAUGCCCCAGACGGAGAAGGAAAGACCUCAGAUCAGGCGGUACCCGCUGGCAAUGAGCUCGACAUCUUUGGACCAAUGGUCUCCAACCCUCUUCCCCCCAACAGCACACAGCAGACGCAGUCUGGAUCCGGUGCAGCAGCCCCCCAGGUGGACCCCUCCACCUCCUCCUCCUCUGCCUCCACCUCUUCCUCCUCCACCACUACCACCGCUAAGGUGGAAGAGAAGAAGCUUUUAUCUAAAGACUCCAUCCUGUCUCUGUACGCCAGCAGCUCAGUGGGCAGUCAGCCACAGAACCAGCAGCAGUCUGCUGCAGGACAAGGUGUGUACAUGGGUCAACCACAGAUGCCGUUCACUCCGCAGGGAUUCGCCCCAGUGAUGCCUGGAGGCGUCCCACCUUCCACCAUGAUGGGUGGAGGAUCCAUGAUGUCCGGCAUGACUCUGCCAAACGGGAGCUACAUGGCCAUGCAGCAGCAGCCGCUGGGGGUGGUGCCGGCCAACCAGGGACAGAACAUGUACAACAUGCAGCAAGCCCAGUGGAAUAUGAGCCAGAUGACCCAGCAGAUGUCAGGCAUGGCUUUGAGCAGUGGAGGACCAACGGCAACCACUUUUAGCCAAUCAGGGCCCCCCGCGGCGGCCGGUUGGCCCGCAGCUCCAGCACCUGCUUCAGGCCAGACCCUCAGCACUCAACUGUGGAAGUGAUGAGGAUGGGGGGAGUCAGAUGAUGAGGUGCUGCAGGGGGGCAGUCACACUGACUCCUGACUCACCCAUCUCAUCACAUCUCAGAAUACAGGAAAACGCAGCCAGGGCAGUCCAACUGCCCUCAAUGCCUCUCCCAGAACCAACAGCUUCGCCGUGGUUUCUUUAAGACGCCAAGAUGAUAUCACAGUGGACAGAGAGGAAAAAAAAGACGUUCAGCUGUCGUCUCCCUUCUUUGUUUGACUUUCCGUCUCUUUCCUUCGUCAUUGUUGUAACUGUCUGAAAAGAAAAUAGACAAAACAGCGAAACAAAGAGCAGUAAGCUGCUGAGUCGACAACUCCUUGCUGCUGCGUCAUGCUAACAUCAACCUGUAUCAUUACCACAAUGGAUAGUUAGUGAAUAGUCCUUCAGUACUUACAGUAGAUAUGGCUUUGUUGUGGUUGGUCUAUGCUACCUUCCCUCUUCCUUCCUUUUCUCUGCAGUGUAUAUUUUAACCCCCUCCCCCAACUGUAGUGUUACAGAACCUCCUAGCAGGUAACUGUCCAACCAGUACUGUAUCCGUGUAAAAAUGCUGUGAACUUCCCACUGCAGGAGAAAAGCGUCGCUUCGAUAACCAUGUUUAGCUUCUUCAUCACGUGAUGCUCCCCGGGGGGAUGUGAAGGGUAGAUCAGGCUCUCCUGUGAGGAUCAGCUGUGCUAAAUGGGGUCUGACUGACGGGGUUUGAAGCUACUUGCACAGAAGGUGUUAGUUUGCAUCAAUAGUUACAAGUGUCAACCACUUCCCCACAAAAGAAACCCAGCAUAACAUCAAAACAAGCAAUACUAUGAAGUCUGCUGGUUUAAUUUACUGGAAAAACAUUACCAGUUGCAGGACCGGGAGCCCCCUGUAAACAAAAUACAUACGUAAUAUAAAUAUAUCAGCACCACAUUUUUUUUUUUUGUUUUGUUUUGUUCAAUUUUAAGGAAAAAAAAAAGAAAAAAGAAGGUCGACUCAGAGAGCUUUGCUGUACUUAACCAAGAAAAUUGGUUGUCACAUCCAAUUGGACUAUUUGAGA